UGUUCCUUGGACACAGCGGAUCACCGAUCCACGGAAAGAGAGGAAGAUGUCGGCUCGGUCAUGUGAUCAGCUGUGCCCAAUCACAGAUGAUCACAUGGGACAUGUACACUGAUCAUCAGAGCACUGAUGAUCAGUGUGCCCUGAUGAUCAGUGUAGCCCCAGCAGUGCCACCUGUCAGUGUCCAUCAGUGCCAGUUGUCAGUGCUCAUCAGUGCCACGUGCCAGUGCCCAUCAGUGCCACAUCAAUGCCACAUAUCAGUGCCUACCAGUGCACAUCAAUGCCACAUAUCAGUGCCCAUCUGAGCUGCCUUUCAGUGGCACCCAUCAGUG